AUGAGGCCGUCUCUAUUCUCCAUAGCCUUGCUAGGCCUCGGACUAUGCUCCGCCGCCGGAGUUCGUUCUUCUCUUGCUCUCGCUCCUGCGGUCAAAGUUCUGGACGAAAAGAGAGACCAGCUUCAGGACAUCGUGACAUGGGACGAGCACUCGCUCUUCGUCCGCGGUGAGCGGGUCAUGAUCUUCUCGGGCGAGAUACACCCCUUCCGCCUGCCCGUUCCGUCGCUGUACCUCGACGUCUUCCAGAAGGUGAAAGCCCUGGGCCUCAAUACGGUCUCCUUCUACGUCGACUGGGCGCUGCUCGAGGGAAAGGCCGGUGAUUUCACCGCCGAGGGCGUGUUUGAUCUCCAGCCCUUCUUCGACGCUGCGACCAAGGCGGGCAUCUACCUCAUUGCAAGGCCCGGUCCGUAUAUUAACGCAGAAGUCUCUGGCGGUGGGUUUCCGGGUUGGUUGGCAAGGUUGAAGGCGAAGCUGAGGACUUCGGACCCCGAGUUUCUUUCUGCAACGGACAACUACAUGGCAAAUAUUUGCGGCAUCAUCGCCAAGGCCCAAAUCACCAACGGUGGCCCAGUCAUACUCUUCCAGCCGGAGAACGAGUACACCAACUUUGAAGACGGCAGUAGUGCCGAUGGGCCGUACUUCCAGUAUGUCAUCGACCAGGCUCGCAAAGCUGGGGUUGUCGUUCCCCUCAUCAGCAACGACGCCAAAGCAGCGGGCCACAAUGCGCCGGGAACGGGUGUAGGCGCCGUUGACAUUUAUGGCUUUGAUGCGUACCCGCUUGGAUUUAACUGUGCAAACCCUAAUACGUGGCCGGAUAACGCUCUACCAACCACCUACCACGCAUUACACCUGCAACUAAGUCCAAGCACACCAUUCACGAUUCCAGAGUUCCAAGGAGGUUCCUUUGACCCCUACGGCGGACCUGGAUUCGAAAAGUGUGCAGCAUUGGUUAAUCACGAGUUUGAGCGCGUAUUUUACAAGAACAACUUUGGAGCUGGUGUCACUAUAUAUAAUAUUUACAUGAUAUUCGGAGGCACCAAUUGGGGUAACUUGGGGCAUCCGGGAGGAUACACGUCCUACGAUUACGGCUCCGCAAUCACGGAGGAGAGGAGUGUCUCAAGGGAGAAGUACUCUGAACUGAAGCUCGAGGCACAAUUCCUGAAAGUUUCGCCUGCAUACCUGACUGCAACGCCCGGAAAUUUGACCGUUGGAGUGUACAGCGCAACUCCAGACAUCACAGUCACACCUUUGCUAGGGAACGGAAACGGCUCGUUCUUCGUUAUCCGGCACAGCAACUACAACAGUCUUGCCACGACCGAUUACACGCUUCGUCUGCCCACGUCGCAAGGAACCAUUACGAUCCCGCAGUCGCGCGAUCUGCUGCAGCUUACCCGCCGUGAUUCGAAGGUCGUUGUCACGGAUUACCCUAUUGGAAAUACGACCCUAUUAUAUUCGACGGCAGAGAUCUUUACCUGGAAACAGUACAAGAACCAGACCGUUCUUGUCGUUUACAGUGGACCUGGCGAGACGCAUGAGAUAGCUGUUAAAUCGACCGCGACACCUGUCCUCGUUGAGGGCACCAGCGUUGACCACAACUACGUGAACAACACCCUACUCCUGGCAUGGGAGACAUCCAGCACGCGACGGGUAGUGAAGGUUGACAACCUGGUAAUCUACAUUUUGGACCGUAACUCGGCAUACAACUACUGGGUGCCAGACAAGCCCGGCGGAAGCCAAACGGCAUACGGCACGUCCAUUAUGAACCCAGACUCACUCAUUAUCAAUGGCGGGUACUUGGUAAGAUCGAUCUCGAUACAGGAUGGCACUCUCAGAGUCCAGGCAGACUUCAACCGUACCACUGAGAUAGAGAUCAUUGGCGUCGAGCCGGAAGUCGCAAAGCUUGAAGUAAACGGCAAGCAAUUGGACCACACAACGAACAACCUUACCAACUGGGUCGCGAACGCAUCCCUUGCGGGUGCCGCGCCCACCGUAUCGGACCUCAAGUCACUCAACUGGACCUUCAUCGACUCUCUCCCCGAGAUUCGCGCAGGCUAUGACGACUCCGCGUGGCCUCUCGCAGACCACAAAACAACAAACAACACAAUCGCCAAUCUCACGACCCCCGUCUCCCUCUUCGCCUCAGACUAUGGCUUCCACACCGGCACGCUCGUCUUCCGGGGCUACUUCGUCUCAAACGGCACAGAAGACAAACUCAACAUCACAACCCAGGGCGGCUCCGCCUUCGCGAGCUCCGUCUGGCUAAACGACACCUUCCUCGGCUCUUUCGCCAACGGACCCGACGCCUCGGGCGAUAAUACCUCCAACUACACCCUGGCGAACCUCACCGCGGGCGCGACGUACGUCCUGACUGUCCUCGUCGACACCACCGGCCUCGAGGAGAACUUUGUCAUCCCCGCAGACGUGAUGAAGAACCCGCGCGGCAUCAUGGACUACAGCAUCACAUCCCCCUCCGGCGCCGAGACGAACGUCACGACGUGGAAGAUUACAGGGAACCUCGGCGGCGAGGACUACGCCGACAGGGUCCGCGGCCCGUUGAACGAGGGGGGGCUCUUUAUCGAGCGCCAGGGCUACCACCUGCCCUCUCCACCCGAAUCGGCGCUCAAUACGCAACGCUCGCCGUUCGAAGGGACAGAGACGCCCGGCGUGACAUUCUACGCCGCGAAACUGGAUCUGCAGAUCCCCGCCACGGACCUCGACGUGCACCUCGCCUUCGUCUUUGACGACAUCGCAGCAUCCAACGGAACGGGUGCGUACCGCGCCAUUCUGUACGUGAACGGGUUCCAGUACGGGAGGUAUGUCAGCAAUAUCGGUCCGCAGACCAGAUUCCCCGUGCCUGAGGGUAUCCUCCAGUACCAAGGGACCAACUACAUUGGUCUGGCCGUCUGGGCGCUUGACAAUGGUGGGGCUCGCGUGCAGAACUUCCGACUCGAGGUCGGCGAGGUGGUGACGACUGGCCGAGAAGAGGUCAAGGUUGUUGAGGCGCCGGCUUGGAGUCAGCGGGCGGGUGCAUAUUAG